AUGGUCUAUGACUUCACACUCAAGAAGUGUAGUGAGAAAUUGGGAGGUUGGCUAGCACAAAAUCAGCUGUCCCUGAGUGAGGAGUUGUACUUGGGGGGCUACCAUACCCCCUCAUUGUUGACCACUGAGAGCCCCACAUUUCUGCCUUUCAGUGGGUGUGUCAGGGAAUUGACAUUCAGAGGGAAAAAGCAGUGGUAUAGUUUAUACAAAGAGUACAGAUUGUCACAGGACACAGUGAUGCAAGAUAAACUGAGGAGAGGACUCCUAAAAAGCUGUGAUGUGACAGAACUGUGUAAUUUUACCAUAACUGCCAAGAAUCUGACAGCCAACUUAAAUCAGCUGUGUCACUGGCCGGGGUCAGAGGUCGCCAUCACUGCCGAGGUUGUACCCAACUGUUCCUCAGAUCCUCAAAUAGCUUAUCAGUGGACUGUUCAUUACCUCUAUGGAUUUUUUACAACAAUAUCAGAGUUUUCCAAAUACUCUGUCUUGUCCACAACGCCCCUGAACAGAUCCUCCUUGAUCCUCACAGUGGGUAAUCAGCAGGCAGAUCUUCCCAUAGGGGUGUACGGAAUCAACCUUACUGUAGUCCUGAAUUCAGGAAUCAAUGCUACAGCAGUCACUAUAUUGGGAUACUUUAUCGUUGGAUGUACUGAUGUGACAGACCUCCAGGAUCCAGACUGUUCACAUAUUCAGGAUAUUAUUACACAUGACAUUUUGAUUUCAACGAAGUUGUCAGAUACAAGUCAUUGUAAAGGCCAGUCAGUUGUAACCGGAGGAAGUUAUGUCCAUCCCACAGAAUUCUGGGAAUUGGAGCAAGAAGCCAGAAAUAUUUUGUUAAAUUCCUCUGCAAACACUAUAAUUGAGCACCCUUCAUUCCAGUUAAAAUGCCUGUUUAACUGUGAAGAUAAGGCUGUACCUGGACAGACCCUGCUACUACAGAGUCUCUGUGAUUCCUGUCAAUCUCAUACCUGGACUGUGUAUGGCUGUGGUACUCAGUGUGACGUGCUGAUUGGUCCUCCACAGAAUGGUUAUAAUUUUACUAUCUCUGUUAAUGAGAGCUAUGAACAACAACAAAUAUUCUAUACAGGUACCUACAUGAGUGGGAGAAAUGUAUCAGCCCAGUAUAACCUGACUGUGAACCUACCCCCUAUCCCAGGAAACUGCACCAUCACCCCCCAGUCUGGUUACUCCCUAGUGACAGCAUUCAGUGUGUCCUGUCGGGGGUUUACUGACCCAGAUCUCCCUCUGUCUUAUGUUAUCUAUCAGAGACGGCCUUCAGGUAUGGAGACAGAGCUGAUGAAGUCUGAUGAGGCAUUGAUUUCUCCUUUAUAUCUGAGUGAAGGCCCAAAAGAGAAUAACUACACACAGAGGUUGACUGUAAAAUGUAUGGACAGUCGAGGCUUAAUGUCAGCCACACCCAUUACUGUACAGGUAACAACAUAA